AUGAAUAACAAAUUCAUUUUCAUAUUACUUAUUGUUUUAAUUGUGGGUAUUUUAAUUGGACAUUUGACAAGUAACAAAAAAAUUACUUAUGAAUCAAGUUAUAAUUCAUCUGCAAUAUUGAAUAAAAAAUCAGCGAGUAUUUCAUAUAAUAUUUCAUCUCAUGUUGAAAUAGUUGAUUUUAAUAAACCAAUUAAUGGAAAUUUUACAUGUAUAAAAACGAAAAAACUUCUUAAUUAUUUUCAUUCUUUUGUAUGUCUACAUCAAGAACAAACAGAUAUAUAUGUAAGUAAAUCUUUUCAAGAAUCACUUACGAUUUGGGAAGAACAUGGUGUACUACGUAUACUUCAACUUCUUCUUCGUUAUCCACAUCUUGAUUUUAUUGAUAUUGGAGCAAAUAUUGGUACUUAUACAAUGUAUGCUGCUGCAUUAGGUCGAUUUGUAUUAGCUAUUGAAUGUUUUGCACCUAAUAUUGAUCGUAUACAUCGUGCUGUUGAAUUAGCAAAUAUUACUAAUCGAGUUGUUCUUAUACAAAAUGCACUUUAUACACAUUCUGGACAAUAUUUACGUUUAGCACCUAAUGCAAAUAAUGUUGGUGGUCAAGAAUUAGAUAUUGUAAUGAAACCACCAAAUAAUCACAGUACAAUAUAUAAUCAUAGUGUAACAAUAGAUCCAUAUAUAGUAAAAACAAUAAAAUUAAAUGAUUUAGUACCAAUAUUACAAGCACGUGGUGUACGUGGAGCAAUAAUAAAAAUGGAUAUUGAAGGAAGUGAAAGUUUUGCUGUUGAAAGUGGAAGUGAAGUAUUUGAUUUAUUCGAUAUACCAUUUAUACAAAUAGAAUGGUUAAAAGUACGUAGUUUUCCUCAUCGUGUUAAAUUCUUAAUAGAUUUUUUUACUAAACGUGAUUAUAUACCUAAAACAUUUCAAUGCCAAUUAUUACCUCUAAAUAAUACUCCGACAUGGCCUGACGAUUUAUGUUGGACAAAACGAGAUGUUCAUUUUUGUUAA